AUGACGAUCCAGCUGUUGUUUUCCAUUGGGAAGACGUGGUCUCCGAAUUUCUACGUGAUUGCCUUCCUCGGUUUCUGUGAGGCGACUGCCUUCCCCUCAGCCUACAUCAAUGCCUACGUCAUCGCCGUGGAGUUGGUGGGGAAAGAACAUCGCGGCUGGGUGAACGGAGCCUUCAGCUGCCUCUGGGUCGUGGGCCUCGUUAUCCUCGCCUUCGUCGCUUGGCUCCUUCAAGGACACUGGAUUCAUCUUUCCCUCGCAGCCAAUCUUCCCAUUCUACUCUUCUAUACAGCCUAUUGGUUCCUCCCCGAAUCGCCGAGGUGGCUGAUGACCCGCGGCCGUCUCUCUGAGGCAGAGGAGGUCGUAGUGAAAAUAGCCCGGAUGAAUGGGCUUCCCACGCGCCGAGAGAAGAUCUCUGGGUUCCUCCAGAUGGUGAGCGAGCACGAGAAGCGAGCGUCUCCUCAGUAUUGGACUCUUCUUCGAACCCGUUCGCUGCUUCGAAGGGUCAUCACGAAUGGAUUCGGAUUCCUGGCGGUGGUUCAGGUCUAUUCAGGGUUGCAUCUGGAUUUCGGAAACCUCGGUGCAAAUCCCUAUAUCAACUUCGCUCUGUUGGGCAUCGUUGAAUUACCAGCUUACAUCUUUGCCUAUUGGACCAUGGAGAGGCUGGGUCGUCGGUGGAUGAACGCCAUUUUCCUCCUCAUGUCUGCCAUAUCUAUGAUCUUCGUUCCCGUCGCUCCUGCAGGGAGUUCGUGGGCACUGCUACCCUCCCUAAUGGCGAAGUUCAGCGCAACGGCUGCAUUUCUCAUCAUAUAUCAGCAGCAAGCUGAGGUUUUCCCGACGAAUCUCAGAUCCACUGCCGCCUCCUUGGUCCGAAUCUUCUCAGGCGUUAUAGGAAUGGUCAACCCUUACCUCAUGAAGAUGGGUGAUGAAAAUCCGUGGAUCCCAUAUGGGGUGUUCGGGGCAGUGAAUCUCGGUGCAGCGAUAGCCGUGUCCUUCACCCCGGAGACGUUGAAGAAGGACCUCCCCGACGGGAUUCUGGAAGCGGAGAACCUGGACAAGGAAAGCGAGUAUUGGUCGUGGCCGGAGCUCACCCGCUUCUCGCGAACGCGGCCCGGUCGGCGAGAUUUUCAGAUGAAUGCCGUCCGCGAGGGUUCGUAA